AUGGACGGCACUCUUCCUUCGCCGGCGGAGUGGAGGGACUGGGCGGCGCUGCCCAGCCACGUCCUGUGCGCAAUCCUCAGCCUGAUCCAAGUCGACAUCCUGCGCGGAGUAGGGGUGGUGCUUGCGUGCAAGUCGUGGCGGCGGGUCGCUGUCGAGGAGAAUCUGCUGUGGCAGCGCAUCGAUCUCGCUGCCCCCGAGGACACGGCUAGAAAGGGCCCGGCGGGUUGGCAGCUCAUGGCGCGCGCCGCCGUGGACCGCAGCGCCGGCCGGUGCGAGUCCUUCCGCGGCCGCGCCGACGGCGAGUUCCUCAUCUACCUCGCCGAUAGAUCGCCGUCACUGAGGAGCCUCCACGUGACGAGCUGGUUCUACAUGGUCGAGAAAGAAUUCAUCACAGGGGUGAUCAAGAAGCUCCCUUUGCUGGAGCAGCUCGUGCUGUCUGGCGGCAUGUUCGGAAAAGAAUGCCUGGAGGCCCUGCUCGAGCACUGCCCGCGUCUCCAGUUGGUCGACAUGGACGGCUGUGAGGCCAGUAGCGCGAUUGGCAUAAGAUUUGUAGAGAGGUGCAAGAGGAGGAUCAAGGAACUCCAGAUGCCAAAGAUGAGGGGCGGCUGCGGCUGCUGCGUCCACUAUGCUCAGAGAUAUGCCGACGAACAUGAUGAAUGAUUGGUUGCCGAUCGAUGCAACAUCUAGUCAAGCUACUAAAUUAGUUUAUUCGUUGAGUUCGUACUAUAUGCAGAUUUUUCAUCCAGAUUUUUGUUAUUUUCAUAUUCAUCCAGAUUUUUAUGGAUUUGUGGGUUCAUACUUAUCUUAGACCGAUAUUACCUUU